UCGUCCGGCUUCGCUCGUCUUUCUCUCCCUUCAAAACCCCCCAGCUCGACUACGGAAAUUUCGGAAGUUUAGUUUGUGGAACUUGGGAACAUGGCGGAGGACAACGGCUACGAGUCCGUCCUGUGCGUGAAGCCGGAGGUCCAUGUGUACCGCAUCCCGCCGCGCGCCUCCAACCGCGGCUACAGGGCGGCUGACUGGAAGCUGGAUGAGCCCACGUGGAGUGGGAGGAUGAAAAUCACCUCUAAAGGCAAAAUAGCCAUCAUCAAGUUGGAAGACAAAAACACGGGCGAGCUGUUUGCCCAAGCCCCGGUAGAACAGUAUCCAGGAUGUGUUGUUGAAGCAGUUACCGACUCCAGCAGAUAUUUUGUGGUACGGAUAGAGGAUGGCAAUGGACGUCAUGCCUUCAUCGGCCUGGGUUUUGCUGAUCGUGGAGACUCCUUUGACUUCAAUGUAGCUCUACAAGACCAUUUCAAAUGGGUGAAGCAAGAGGGUGAGUUCGCUAAACUAGAGGCUUCUCAGAGCACAACACCCAAGCUGGAUCUUGGCUUUAAAGAAGGACAGACUAUCAAGAUUAGCAUUGGAAACAUCAAAAAGAAAGAUGCAGGUAGUGCAAAGUCACGGCCUGUGAGUGGUGGUCUCCUCCCACCUCCACCAGGAGCAAAACCCGGGACCCCCCUAGCACCUCCCGUAAGCCAAAUAACAGCCCCAGCUACACAAACAAACACUGCUGCUCUUUUAGACUUCGGGUCCCCUGUCUCUGCAGCACAGCCCUCAUCUGACAUGUGGGGAGAUUUCACAUCCGCGGGUUCAGGAUCCAGUAAAGAUGCUGUCAGAUCCGGAUGGGUGCAGUUUUAGUUGAGUCACAGAAAAUGUGUACACACACUCAGGUUCCAUACAUUCCAUGACUGAGAAUGAUUGUGGCAAAAAAAGAAAGAAAAGCCAGGAACUGUUAACAAACUUGAUUAGCAUGUUGGCUGUACUGGAUCUGAAUAGACUGUCUAGUUUGUUCAGAUAGCUUGUUCACAAACAUUCUCUUGGAACAAAAGAUAGUUUUCCAUUUUUCAAGAUGUUAUCGAUAACUAUGCAACAGGAAUUGUAGUCAGCAUGAAUUGUAGUGAGUCAGUCAAACACUCGUCAUCAUUGUGUUUCAAAUAGGCUGAAUUUAAAGUAUUUCCACGCUGUGAAACAGGUGAGCUUGUGAAUGACUGAAGGGAAAGGUCAUCUUUUCACACUAACCAUGUGUAGAUAUACACGUUACGUUGGAUUGGAGUUGCCCUCGUUAUCUGUGUCAAUUUUUGUUGUCGCCUUUUAGUUACGUGAGAAUGGAUCUGGUUUAGUCUUUUUGUUCGUUUUCUUUUAAACAUUUUACUGCUAUUUUCUUCGUUGUACAGUUUUUUUUCUUACACUAAUCACACUCAAGGCUAUUUCUGACGUUUUGCAGAAGUGCAAGGGUUUUACCGUUGUGUUGUCUCCAUGUUAUAUAAAGCUGUAUGUGUAUUUAGUUUUCUGUUGAGGACUGGUGUUUGCUUCUUUUUUUUUUAAAUAUGAAGGAGAGCUUUGAAAGCUGAGGUUUGAGUUACCCUUUUUACAUUUAGCUCUUAAGCCCUUGUCAACAUGACCCUAAUUAUUUUUUCAACAUGGCGUUGAAACAUGAUUGCUACCCUGUCCUGGAAUUUAGAAAAAUGUAACACAUUUUGGACGUGUUUCAUUUUGUCUUGUCUUGCAUACCCAUUUAAAUGUGUUAUGCCUUAAUGUCUGUUUGUUUUCCACAUUUACCGAUGUGCCUUUUACCAAAUUAGAAUUCUCAGAAUCUUGCUUAUUAGUCGUGACAGAUAUUUGCUUGAUUGCCUUUUUGGUGGGGAA